GAAACGGAGUAAUUUCAUAACCUGAAGCUAUACUGUAUAAACAUUUUUAUUGGGUUUUUAUUGAGUUUUACCUAACUAAAUAGGCAGUUUUAAGCAUUUUUAUAGGGCUGUCAACUAUUCUUAGGUUCUAGCUAUUCGUGGGGGUGUCUGGUACCUAUCCCUUGUGAAUAUGGCAGGAACACUGUACAGUCACCUCUCAAUUAAUGCGAGGGUUACGUUCCUGGAGCACUCACGUUAAUUAAAAGUGCGUUAUUUAAACAUUUUUUCCCCUAUGAAAUAACAGGAAGAAGGGAGUUUAUGUUCCUGGACUUGGGAAACGCUGUGCUUUUUUGCUAAGUGCAACCAAAUUGGAUAACAGCAACAUAUGUUUGGUGUAUUUCAACCAUCGUACGAUAGUAAACAAUGACCGUAGUUAUGUCAUAAACGAUGUUAUGUAGAACAGGACUGACUUUAUCCCUUUAACGACCAGAGAUCCCAUUUGGGAUCUUUAAAACAGCUACUUUCGGGUAGUCGUGGUGAACAAGUUUGAGCUUGUAUGAAAUUGACGCUUUGGCAACUCAUAGCUACACUCCUCUGCUCUUCGAAUCAACCAAUCAGAAGCCACCAGGCCCUCGCACAAAGACUGGAGGUCCUUCGACAGACACCUCAGUCGUGCGCAAGUUGGAAAACAGUCAAGACGUGCCGCAGUAACCCCCAAGUUUCCCCCCCCUCCGAACUUCGUAAUCAUGGUAAGCACACAGUGACUGUGGGAUAGUGAAGCCUAGUGAUAUACUUACCUUUUGAUGUUGGUUUGAAGGGCUGUAGUGUUACUGACGUGUCGUAGUGACAAAAAAAAAAGUAUAGAUCCCUUGCGGGAUACUUCGGUCGUUCUUAGGCGGACCACGCUCAUCCCAUGAGGGAUGUAUCGGACCGUAACGGUUACAACGGCCAGUAGAAUACGACGUCAAGUAAUUUUUUUUAGUGCUUGUUUUAGACAUUUGUGAAUAAUUUUAACAAUAUUUCUAGAUAUAACAGUGAUGCUUUAUAGAUGUUAGGCUCAUGUGCAUAUAAAUGAUUACCUUACAAGGGAUUGAAUGAUAGGUUUUUGUUAGGGAAAGUUACUUUUUUUUUCAUUACAUGAUUUUAAAAUAGUUUUUUUUAUUUUUGCAGUUACAAAGCAGUAUGUUUUCUGGGCAACGCAAUGCUGCAUUGGAGACUCAGGAACGUGUAACAUGGGUAGCCCCUGACGACGCUGAAUCAAGUGAUAUCGACAUGAGCCCUUUGGACAUUGACAGUGAUGAUGACGACCCUACCUACGUUCCUGACGAAGGCCUUACUCAGGACGGUGCCUUUGACCUUCCUAACUCUAGAGAUCGCAAGGUCAAUGUUGUCUCUCAAGCGAUGCCUAUGGAAGAGGAACCUGAGCCUAACCCUAAGAGGUCUCAUGCUGAUGAAUGGAAGAAGGAAAACAUUGAUAUCCAUGCCCUGCCCGACUACAUUCAUCAGAAGCCUGGUGCCAGGAAUUCUCUUGGCACUAGAGAUUUUGCUUUGCCAAGAAGGGGCCAACAGGUAGUUUUGCAAAAUAUUGAGACACGCAGGCCACAGUUCCCGCUGGAUGUGUGAGGAUUGCAAGGUUGCCCUUUGCCUUACUGAAGAAAGAAAUUGUUUUGCUUUGUUCCAUAAGAUUUCUAAGUAAGUUGUUUGUUAUGAUAGUUGUUUAUAGUGUUUUGUGUAUUUUAUUACUAUUUUUGUAUUAGAGUUUUUGAUUAGAGUUUUUUAUAGAGUUUUCUGUAUUUUUAUACUAUUUUUGUAUCUAAUGUAUAUUUAUUUUUAUAUUAAUUAAAUUGUAAAGCCAUAUAAGUGUUUCUAUCAUACAUUGUGGAACAAAAAAAAUGAAUAAAUAAUAAUAAUCACAUGAUUUAUGGGCAAAUUAACAGUAUUUAUAAACUUGAAAAAGUUGCCCGCACGGCCCAAUAGAUCCCAUACGGGAUGAGCGUGGUCCGCCUAAGAGCGCCCGAGGCACCCAUACGGGAUACUUCAUUGCAUGCAAUUAUUUCGCUUACUUUGGAAAUUUUGUAAAAGUA